AAGUAAAUGAUAAACUAAUUAGAAAGAUAAAAAAAGAAGAUCUAAAGAAACUACAGAUUAGAAAUUGUUACCAUUCCCCAGAAGUCUCAGAAACAGAUGAAGAAUCAACAACAAAAAAGGUUGUAAUUUAUGACUUAAAGUGGAGAUCACAAGCUCUGAAAGAGUUGUUAAGAAAUUAUGUGGACAAGAUUUCUGAUGAAACGGCUAAGGUCAAACCAGUUCGAAUCGAUGAAGAGGUGAAUGAAGUCAAUGAAGAGGUGAAUGAGGUAGAUGGAGAGGCAAAUGAGAUCAAUGAAGAAGAGAGUGAAGUCGAAGAGGAAAAUGAUGUUGAUGAAGAGGAGAAUGAAGUCGAUGAGAUCAAAACUUUGGAUUGA